UCCCUGAGGCUCACAGGAAAAAUUAAAGCACUUCAUUUUAUGGUUCCAAAGCUAUGUCCGUACCUUACAAAGCUUUGUAUUAUGUGUUGUGCAUCUGGCUCAAAAGAGAGCGAGCCACACCAAAACGUAGAGGAAAGCUGAGAAGACGCCCUCACAGGCCACUUGUGAAAGGAGAGAGAAAAACUACGACUCCCAAAAGGCAGCGGAGGCGCACGACCCGUGAUUCCCAGCAUCCUCUGCAAGGCUCAAAGUCAUCUAGGUGGCCAGCGCCUCGAGACGACAGGAAAUGUCCGCGGGAGAGUAGAAAGAGAGUCUUGCGGGAAUGGCAACGUCUAAGGAGGGGCCUGAGAGACCGACGGAGCGCCUGGAUAUUGCGCGCGGCCUGGAGAACGUGCCCGUGAGCGCGUGGCCCCCGGGGGCGGAGCCAGAGCCUUUCCAGUAUACUCCUGACCACAUAGCUGGACCUGGAACAGACAUCGAUCCCACACAAAUAACCUUUCCCGGAUGCAUUUGUCUCAAAACCUGCCUCCCUGGUACUUGCUCCUGUCUCCGUCAUGCAGAGAACUAUGAUGAUAAUUCCUGCCUUAUAGAUACAGGAUCCCAAGGCAAGUGUGCCAACCCGGUUUUUGAAUGCAAUAUCCUGUGCCAGUGCAGUGACCAGUGCAAGAACAGAGUGGUCCAGCAAGGUCUACAGUUCCAACUCCAGGUGUUCAAGACGGAUAAAAAAGGCUGGGGACUUCGUACCUUGGAAUUUAUACCAAAAGGACGGUUUGUCUGUGAAUAUGCUGGAGAAGUUUUGGGAUACUCUGAAGUACAGAGAAGAAUUCAGUUACAAACAAUACAGGACCCAAAUUACAUUAUAGCCGUCAGAGAACAUGUUUACAGUGGGCAGGUAAUAGAAACAUUUGUUGAUCCUGCCUCUAUAGGAAAUAUUGGAAGAUUUCUUAACCAUUCUUGUGAGCCAAACCUGUUGAUGAUUCCUGUCCGAAUUGACUCAAUGGUACCCAAGUUGGCACUUUUUGCAGCCAAAGACAUUUUGCCAGAAGAAGAACUCUCUUAUGACUAUUCGGGAAGAUUUCUUAAUUUAAUGGACAGCAAAGACAAAGAAAGGCUAGAUCAAGGGAAAACAAGAAAACCUUGUUAUUGUGGCACCAGGUCGUGUGCUGCUUUCCUCCCUUAUGACAGUUCACUAUACUGCCCCUUAGGAAAGUCAAACAUAAGUUAGGAAUGAAAAAAUUCCUAAGAGUCAAAAGAGUCUAUUCCAAGUCUUUCCUAAACACUGAGUUAAAUGCAUUUACUUUAUUACCAUGUUUUUAAAAAUGGUGACACUUCUAUUUUUGAGAACAAACAUUAAUAGCUAUGCUUCUGUGUAACUGUUAAUAUAAUAAUAUGUAAACAUUUUAUAAUUAUAAAUUACUGUAAAUUAGAAGGUUAAAAGGUAGCAUAUAUCUUUAUGGAAUUAAAACAUAAAAAUUGGCUUCAAUUUGAAGUCAAUUUCCACUGACUUCGUUGAAACUGGAAAUGUGUACCUUGGAAACAAUUUUGGCCCAAGAGUAAUGAAGAUCAUACUUGGAAAA